AUGCCUCCAGCCCUGAACCUUACCCACUGUGAGGAGAGUGGCUGCCUCAUGGAGGACGGAGGAGGUGAAUGUUCACUGAAAUCCAGCAAACAAUUGCACAAUUGCUCAGGAAGAUUACUUGAAAGUCCGUUCCCAAGGAGAGCACACCUCCUUGCAUUCUCAGACUCUUUAGAGAAGCAGCACUUUGCGUGGGCUUUUAGGCUAGCUCUAAAUCUUCCUGGGCACUUGAUCUGGUACAGUGGCAGGACAGCAUUGCAAAUGAGUCGAGAUCUUUCUAUUCAGCUUCCUCGGCCAGAUCAGAAUGUGGCAAGAAGUCGAAGCAAGACUUACCCAAAGAGAAUAGCACAAACACAGCCAGCUGGAUCAAACAGCAUAAAUCGGGUAACAGCAAACAUGGAAAAUGGAGAAAAUGAAGGAACGACUAAAAUUAUUGCACCUUCACCAAUAAAAAGCUUUAAGAAAGUAAAGAAUGAAAAUAGCCCUGAUACGCAAAGAAGCAAAUCUCACGCACCAUGGGAAGAAAACGGCCCCCAGAGUGGACUCUACAACUCUCCCAAUGACCGCGUGAAAUCCCCGAAGUUCCCUUACACGCGCCACCGAAACCCCUCCUGUGGGAGCGAUGACUCCGUACAGCCAACGAGGAGGAGAAUACGGCAGGAGAAUGAUAUGGUUGAUUCAGCGCCUCAGUGGGAAGCUGUAUUAAGGAGACAAAAGGAAAAAAAUCAGGCAGACCCCAACAACAGACGAUCCAGACAUAGAUCUCGCUCGUAUGUGGACUCUUUUUAUACCUUUAUUCAAAAAGCACUGAGCUUGAAGUAG